GAAAUCUUCAAAAGGAGACUAGACAGUCACCUUGCUGGGGUCACCUGACCCCCACUUAUCUUUUCUGCUGGACCCAAAGAUCUUCCAAGGUCCCUUCCAGCCUUACAAUCCAUGAAUCUAUGAAUGAGAUCCAAUGCUAAGAAAGUACUGCUAUACCAACUCAGGCUAGAAAUAACUUUAAAAAAUAAGUAUAAUUUGCCAUAGAAACUUACCUAAAUCAGUUGUGGAUUUUCCGUGGCUGGUUACUUUUUAAAUGAAGACUAGCUACCUAAAACAUAUGCUACAGCUUGAACAGAAGUUAUUGGAUCAAUGUAGAAAUAACUGAAAGAGGUUUUCUAGUCUGCAUUGUAUAGGAAGUCAAAAUAGAUGGUAACUGUCCCUUCUGCUUUAAAAUAUCUUCAUUAUUUUAUUGUAUAACCGUAGAAUUCAAUCAUGCCUUUUAUCUCCUGUCCUAACUUCCAGGUCCUACUUACUUUAGAAUCCAUCAAAAGUCUCACUGAAUUCAUUUGAAGUUGAACUGAGCCUUAACCCUUUAAAGGGCUGCAAGAUAUUGCAUCUUAACUUUCACUCAGUGUGUGAGCCAUUUCUGUAGGAAACAUACAAGCCCAAAGGAAGGCUUAUAAACAGUGGGACAAAUGAAUGCAAGUUAAUACUUCCCCAAAAUUUGUCACAGACUAUGCUGCAGCUGUAUUUUAUUUUACACACUUUCCUCACGUUAUUUACUUACAUUCCAUUGCAUUGAACAAUUAAAGGUUGUACAUGGGAGUUGCUCUUUUGUUUUUUCUUGUUUAAGUUAGGAAUGCAUGGGAGGUUAUUUGAGGACAAAACGAUCCAUGACCUCAUCUUAUAUUUUGGAAUACUUGUAGCAAGGAAUUAAACAGGGAAAAUUGGGAUGAAUGGGUUGGCAGAGGGACUGUGAUAAGAAGCAAGGCUUGCAGUGCUACGUAGGUAGAUUUAGCAAAAGUGUUUUUCUAAUAAUUUGGUGCUGGAUUUGCUAUUCCUUUAAGAAUCAAGAAUCUGAACCUCAUCUGCUGUCUUUUAUCUUAUGUCUAGAUCGUAUGUCUUUUUGGCCUGUGCCUACCAUAACAGUCCUGGUCCAGGACUAGAGCUGCUUGCCUGGUUUGCCCUCAACAUGUGGCUCUUCUUGAGAACCUUCUUGCUGUAUUACCAUGGGCCACAGUAUUACUACUUGCAUCGGAUGCUAGGGCUAGGAUUGUGUAUUAGCAGAGCUUCAGCAUCUGUUCUCAACCUCAACUGCAGUGUGAUCCUUUUACCAAUGUGCCGUAUUCUCCUGGCCUUUCUCCGUGGAUCUCAGAAGGUUGCUAGCAGGAAAAUGAGGCGACUGUUGGAUAAAAGCAAAACUUUCCAUGUGAUGUGUGGGGUUACUAUAUGCAUCUUUUCAGUUGUACAUGUUGCUGCUCACCUGGUGAAUGUCCUUAACUUCUCCCAGAACUAUACCGAAGAUUUUCUGUCACUAAAUGCAGCAAACUAUCGUGAUGAGGAUCCUCGGAAACUCCUUUUCACUACUGUUCCUGGGCUGACCGGGGUCCUUUUGGUGCUAGUUUUAUUCCUAAUGUUUACAGCUUCUACAUAUGCUAUCAGGGCUUCAAACUAUAAUAUUUUUUGGUAUACCCACAACCUUUUCUUUGUCUUCUAUUUGCUGCUGAUAAUACAUGUUUCCGGAGGAGUGCUGAAGUACCAGAUUAACAUACAGCAACACCCUCCUGGAUGCUUUAACCCCAACAAAACACUCCAAGAGACUAUUCCAGAGCCAAAAGUUUUUGAAGAGUCUUUUCCUGAGUAUGCUACUCAGCCUUUCCCAGAAGGUUUAGCAGAGACAGACUCAUUCGUACAAACAAAGUUUGAGAGAAUUUGUACCGAGGAACCCAAGUUCCAGUCACACUACCCAGAGACCUGGCUGUGGAUUUCUGGACCUUUGUGCUUGUAUUGUGCAGAAAGGCUCUACCGCUACAUCCGAAGUAAUAAACCGGUCACGAUAACUUCUGUGAUAAGCCAUCCCUGUAAUGUCCUUGAAUUGCGAAUGAUGAAAAACAACUUUAAAGCAAGGCCAGGUCAGUACAUUAUUCUACAUUGUCCAAGAGUGUCAGCAUUAGAGAGCCAUCCAUUUACUCUCACAAUGUGCCCUACAGAUACCAAAGCCACAUUUGGGGUCCAUAUUAAAAUAGUGGGAGACUGGACAGAAAGAUUUCGGGAUUUGCUGCUUCCACAUUGGAGUCAGGACACAGAGAUUCUGCCCAUCUUUCAUCAAAGGCAUUAUCCCAAGCUAUUUGUGGACGGUCCUUUUGGGAGCCCCUCAGAAGAAUCCUUGAAUUACGAGGUUAGCCUCUGUGUGGCUGGAGGCAUUGGAGUUACUCCAUUCGCAUCGGUACUCAACACACUGCUUGACGACUGGAAAUGCUACAAGCUCAGAAGACUCUACUUUAUUUGGGUGUGCAGGGACAUCCAGGCUUUUUGCUGGUUUGCCAAUUUGCUCUGUGUGUUGCACAACAAGCUUUGGCAGGAAAACCGACCAGACUUCAUAAACAUCCAGCUGUACCUCAGUCAAACAGAUGGGAUACAGGAAAGGGGGCCUUCCAGGCCAGGCCACAGACCAGACUGUUGGCAGGACUUUAUAUGAACUUUACAUCAUUCCUGGGCUAAAAAUCAAGCUGGAAUCAUUCAAGGAUUUUGUAAGCCCCAGACUGAAAAACAAGUACAUUGAAAGAAACAGGGAUUUUUUUUAAGUAGUGGGUUGUUUUAUUGUUUUGCAUUUUGUCUUGAAUGUCAGAAGUCAAACUAUUUUAAGCAUGCAACCAGAAAAUGUAUUAAACUGUUGUUUAUUAUAGGCUGCAUUAUGCUAGUCUAGACGGGUGGAUUGAUUCCCUGUUAGCUGGAAUUUUCUGUAAUCUCAUAAUGUGGUAAACUGGGAGUCAGCAUUCAGUCACACUCAUUCAUCACAUAGGUAAGGGGCUGACUCUUCAGCCUGAAGUCAGUGGCACUUUGCUGUUGACUUCAGCGGAGACAAAAAAUUAAUGCAAAGGGGGAUGGAAGUGGAGGGAUGGGUUUGGAGGGAGACAUGAUAAAGUCUACCAGGUUGAUGAGACUUACUUCUUGGUAAGAGAAAUUGUGAAUCUGAGUCGUAUUAGACUAUUCAGCUCCAGGCCCCUUAAAAUAGCUAGGUCGUAUAACACAGCAGGCGCAGAGUUACUCCGAAGUACCUGAUUAGUCUUAACUGAGAGGUCAGAAUUUACUGGCUCCAUCGUGGAAGCACAGUUGUAAAGACAUGCAGCUUAGGACCAUUGCUCUGAUCAUGGGCCGAGUAGUUACUGAGUUUCCAUUAGAACCGUUUUCUAUGCAUGUCUGCUUGUUAGAGAAAGCAGUCAAUUAUAAAAUGAUAAACUGCAGGGCAAAAUUGUGUCUUCUGUAGCAGUGGUGAAAAUUUAGAUUCCGUGGUGUUACUCCUGAAGUCUCCUGAUAAAACUAGAUGCGACUUUUUUUUCCUAUGCCCCUGUGACUUGUGACACUUGCUUAUCCAAAGUUACUCUUGAAUGUUAUCCCAUCAGAAUAGCAUUGUGUUUUACACUUGUUUUGUUUCAGUAUGAUCUAGGUUCAAGGCAGCAGGCAAUCAAGCCCAUUUUUCCUCAAGUUCUUUCACCUAUAGUAAAAAUCAAUGAAAGUGGCAGAAAAUGUGCUUUGGUACUAGUGUAAUGGAUAUUUUAAAUCAUUUUGUUAUGGGGAGAAUGUGGGAAAUUAAACCAGAUAUCAUUCUUUUCCAUCCCAGUGUUGUAGUUGGACAUUUAAACCAUGGAUAUGCAAUGCCAUACAGUGAAAACACACUUGGCUUCAUAAAAUUGUCUGGACUUUUAGUGAAUUAAAAAUGCUGGAAAUAUAUUGGGUUCAGUCCAGGUCCAUAGCUUUGGCAGCUUUAUGUUGCUGAGACAGCUCAAAGCAUCUGGUAAACUAUCCUCAAGGGGCAACUUUUACAGAUCUAGUAAUCUUAAGGGUUACUUUACCAAUAGUAGGUAAAAAAAAUCUUCAGACAGAAAUAUGUUUCUUGCAUCAACAACAUCCCUUUAAAGUUAGCAGCAACAACAGAUUAGGGAAUAUGAAUUCAUUUCUUGCUUUGUGUAUUGAAUAAAUUGGUUUAAAAAUAAUGGUGACUCUAACGAGCAGCUGUAUAAAGAACAGCAUCUAAUGCCGAAGAGGGCCACUGAAAGGCAGGGAGAGAAG